UAUAUACAUUUAGUAUAAUGUACAUACAUACGCAUAUACAAAAAUCUGAAGAAUUUGACUGAAUUUAUUAAUCGAUGCUUUAUCGUCGUACUUCUUGAGCAGCAUUUGAAAAGAAUCUUUUUACAUAUUUAUUGUAACUAUGUAUAUCAAAUAUGUGCGUAUAGCAAUAAUUAAAUUAAGUACUUAUACAACCAAAGAAGCAAAUGCAUUAUCGACGAUUCUGGUACGCACUGCAAAAAUUCAACAUAUUGAGAAAACAUGUUACUGCGUUAAUCAUUAUUUAAAGGAUUUAUUCAGAAUGUAAUCUUUCUUCAUUGAUUAAUUAAACAAUAACAUGUACACACGUGCAGUAAACAAAUGAUAAUGGAAAGCAAAUCACAAAUAAGAUCUGAUAAACUUUGUUUGGUGUAUGAACCUUUUUCGGUUUUUCUACGAUAUUAAAAUGCGUUGAAUAUUAUAAGAAAUUAAUAUAUUUUUCUACAAGGCAGUUAGUAUAAUGUCUAGCUAAAAAUGUAACGAAUAAAUUAAAUAGGAAGGAAUUACAGUAUAUUUUGUAAUCCUUUCUAAUAUAAAAGUCAGUGCUUUAUAAAAGCAAAUAUUCACGUAAAUUUGACAUUAUUCGUAUUUGUUUGCUUCAAUAAGCGAUUUAAUGAUAUGGAUAAUGUCAAUAAAUAGCGAUAACUGCAUUUAAAAAAUGAUAAAAUUUGAUCUAGAGUAGUUUAUUACGUUUAUUUUUUAUAAUUAGAAAUAUACAUAUACAGUUUGUAUAUUAUAAUAUAGGAUAUUAUAAACAAGUAUUUGUAAAUAUAUACAUAUGCAUACUAUGUACCGGAUGAAAGAAAUCUUACGAUACUGAUACACCUGAGCUUCGUAAAGAGAGUAAUACUUCUUUUCUAUUAAACUGUAUCUAUCAUUUUUGUAAUAAUCUGAAUAUUAAAAGAAACUCCAUAUCUUCUGUAGUUAUUCUGUACUUACAAUAGCUAGAAAUAUUUGAUCAUCUUCUUUGCACGAUUGCCGUAUCAUAUGUAUCAUUCCUUUGAAGCGUUUUAUAUUUAUUAUGGAAUAAUAUUCGAUGUUAUACAUGUUUGUUUUUGAUAACAAUAAUCGUUGAUUAUAAGAGACAACUGAAUUUUUUAAAUUGAUGUUAUUAAAAUUUUAUUAUGCGAUUAUUACAUCGUUGUUGAUACGUGUAUCAAUAAUAAACACUUAAAGUUAAGAACGUUGAGUUUUCUCCUCAAUUAAACAUCUCUUAACCGUAUAGAACUGUAGAUAACUUUUUCUAAUACAUAAUUAUUAUAGUUUGCGGUCUCGUGUAAUGUAAUAUAAGGGAACAGUAUUUCAAGAAAGUAUUAAAAUUAGUUUUGAAAUCGGCGCCUAUUAAAAGAUAUCGCAGCCACAAUGAAACUUAUUGUAUUUAUUGUGUACGUACAUAUAUACAUACAUAUACAUACAUAUUCCCAAGUGUUUCCAAGAAUGCCCUGCUUGACGUCUUGUGACGUCAGUCAAUGUCGUCAAGUUCUAAGAUUCAAAACAUACAUUUUUUUAUGCUUCUCAUCGUUACAAUUCCUUCUAACCGGUCAACAUUUAAAAUCGUAACUGCGUCUGUUAUUCUGUACUUUCCCAAAUUACGUGAAUGUGAGUUAUAAUUAUUGUUGUGCUAUUCAUUUCACGCGAGAUAUCGGUGAAACGUUGGCAGCACUGUCGAUUGAUCGCACGUAUUUUACUCAGAAUGUGUAUCAUAUAUAUUUAUUCCUGGGUCCCUCUGGGCGAAUGUAAACAGAAUUUUUUCGCAAAUAUGAAGUGACACGGCCAAUUUAUGCGGCUACAGCUAGUGCGUGGAAGCUACGACCCGUGAUAUCGACCUCACUGCGUUUGGAGUUUACGAGACCCUAAGUAUAAUAGUCUUGAACGCGUUACGGUGACCAGAAGAUAUACCUAGCGGGUAAAACGGGUUUGCGUUCGACUGUCCGUAGUGUGUUAAGUUCAGUGAAUUAGUGUAUGAGACGUUUUAGAAUAUAUGGAAGCGCAAUGAGGAAUCUGCGGAAAUUUGUUGACUGCUUGCUGACGAUCCAGCAUUCGUGAGAUCACACACAAUCUUGCAUGCACCUACAUACAUAUAUGCGCAGGACAAAAUACGAGUUACAGGCAUCUACAUGGAACGCGGUACGCCGUGGGCACAGCGUAUGCUCGUAAAUAAACGACUGUAUUGGUUUCAACGCGUUACUCGUUUCAAAUAUCAUGAUGGGAGCUCAAGAUGCCUUCAAUAAAAGCAGAUUCCAAAAUAUCAAAACAAGAAAUGUUUGAAUUUUUAAAGUCAAGCUUUAAAAGUACAUCGAAGCAUGGUGGUGUUGAUAGAUGUUCAGAUGUGCAUAAAAUGACCGAGACUCUGUACUGUAGCUCGGAAAAAUGUGAAAACAAUAGUACAUGUGUAACAAAUAAUACUUGUCUCCCUGUAAAGGCGGGCAUUAUUAAUAGGAUAGGAGAUGAUCUAUGUGACACAGCUGGAUCUGCAGCAACUAUUAAGUAUUCAUCUUGCAUAUGUUUAGUUACUCAUUGUGUGUUAAGUGAAGAUGUUAAUUUUAAUUGCAAUUGUGAUAUAAUGCACCAUCAAAAACCUAAACAAAUCUCACGAAGUUAUUUGUGUUCUAUACAUAAUUUAUGGAGAAUCAAAUCAGAUAAAAAUCUAUCGUUACCGAUUACAAAAAAGAUCGGCACUCAGUGGAGGAAUUGUUUUUGGAGAACAUUUCUGAUACCUUUUAUGGUUCUAUUACUAUGCAUGCCAAUAAGCAAUGCAGAUUCCAGUCAAUGUGCUGUUGGUGUAAAAACACCUGGAAGAACUUGGCCACAAGGUGAUAUUAUUAUUGAGCAUGGUAACCCAUUGAGAAUAUUUUGUAUAUUAAAUCAAUCAAUUGUCGAUAAGGAAUUCCCUGGAAAAAAUGCGUCUGAUCUUGUGUUUUUUCGUAACAAAAAAGAAAUGGAACCAGAAUUUAUCACAAUAAUUAAUGAAACUACAAUUGCAUUGGAUGUAGAAAAACCUCCGCCUGCAGAGGACAUGUAUUAUUGUAGAUUAAAGUUAAACAAUGAACACUAUGAGGAGUACGAAGCAGUUUGUUUAAAUAAAGUUGUCGUUGGAUUUAAACCUCAAAAACCUCAUAACUUCACUUGUAUAUCUCAUAACUGGGAAAAUAUGACAUGCUCAUGGGAGCCCGUCCAAAAUUACGUUACAACGAGAUUUACGCUUGUGUUUAAACUGCCGGGAAAAGCAGGAGGUCGAAAAUUGUAUCCAUGCCCGAAAGAAACUCAAACACACACUUCGUGUAUGUGGGACACGUCUACGAAUCCUAUUUAUCGACUACCAUACGAAUAUUAUACAUUUAUACUGAACGUUGAGAAUGUAUUAGGGAAUAUAAGUAUUCAAUACAAAUUUCAUCACUAUGCUUAUGUUGUACCAACAAAACCGGCGAAUUUGACAGUCGUCAAUAAAACGUCUGAUAGUGCAUUAUUACACUGGAGUGUGCCUUUUCCAAUGCAGAAUUUUCCACCUGGAUUACAUCAUAGAAUCAUGUAUCAAAGCCAGUGGGAUGAUCCGGAAACUUGGCAGACGAUCAAUAUUACGAAUGGUUUUCACACGCAUAAAAGAUAUUGGAAUCUUACUGGGUUGGAGUACGCCAACACUGUUUACGACGUACGAGUAUGCCUAAAAAGUGCCGUCGCGGUUGGGGAAGACAAAUGGAGCGACUAUAGUGCUGUCGCUUUUAGAACACCACCAAGAUUACCUGGCCGACCUCCAAGAACUGACAUCGGAAGCUUUGAAAUAGCGGAGAACAAUAAUAGCAGGGACGUAUAUUUGUACUGGCAAGCUAUACCUCAGUAUUUAGAAAAUGGCGAUGAGUUUAAGUACGUGGUGGAAAAUGUAGAAGAAAACGGACGAAAGUUGUCGCUUGCUCCCAAGGAAAUUACUAGAACGUAUGCCAAAUUCGAUGGGAUCAGUUUUAACAAAUAUAAAUUUGAGAUUGUUUCGGUAAACAUUGUUGGAGCAAACAAAGAGCGUGCUAAAAUUUUUGUACCCAGUAAAAACGAAAUACCAAAGGAACCCAUAGCGUUUACGAAAAUUGCAUUUGACGGAGGUUUAUAUGAACUGUCUUGGAAGCCACCGCAUGAUUACAAAAAUACUCAACAAAUUCGUGGGCGUGUGAUUAACGAAAUUACAAAUUAUACAAUUUUUUGGUGUGACAACGAACGCGACCGUCCUUACGAGUGCAACGGUUAUCUAGACUGGGUACAAGUACCGAAAAAUACAACGAUCUAUAACAUGACUGUACCAGAUCCUCAUAAAGUUUAUCAGUUUGCUAUUUCCGCGAAUACGGAAAAAGGUAGCAGCGGCAUGGUAUGGGCAUCGUGUACCGUAAAACAUGACAAAGUCGUUGAAAAAAUGAAGUUUGUGUGGAUAAAUCGAAUUGGUUCCGAUUUUAUUGAAGUCGGUUGGAACCUGGGUUGUUCGGAUCGUAUCGGAAUCGUUGAGGGAUUUAAUAUUUACUAUUGCCCUAUUGUUUCACCGUAUAGCCAGAAUUGCAAAGGUCCAAAACUUUAUACGACGAUUAAAGCCGGUCCUCAUACUAUGAACGGUAUCGUGAAUAACUUGACACCAUAUACGACUUAUAUGUUAACCGUUGCUGUCUUAACGAAAAGCGGAGAGGGUUCGCAAAGCGAUGCUUUGUACGACACAACGCUCGAGGCAGCCCCGACAACUCCACCGCAAGAUGUUAGAAUUUUUAACGUAACAAAGUCGACGAUGAAUGUCACAUGGAAAGCACCGCAAGCAAUGAACGGUGUAUUGCGAUAUUACGAAGUUUACUACAACCAACUCACGCAAAAAGUUGAAGAUUCAAGCCAUGUUGUACUGACAAAUUUGUUGCCGCAUACGAAUUAUAGCAUUAGCAUAGCAGCGUGCACUGUCUCUUGCAGCGUGAAAUCACCAACCGUUUACAGCAUUACAAAAAUCGGGACACCCGGAAAAAUUUCCCCACCUAAUGUACGUUUCAUAAAUUCUAGCCAGGUGGUCGUCAAAUGGAGUACACCUACACAGCCCGCUGGACACCUAAACUAUUAUGAAAUAUUAUCGAGUGAUGGACAAAUACAGAACAGUUCUACAACAGAGGCUUUAUUACCUAUCCCUGAUUGCAAAAUGAUAGGGCGGGACAGAUUAUAUCAAUUUCGUGUAAGAGCUGUUAAUAUCGGAUCGAAUAAUGAGCAUUUGCGUGGUCCUUGGUCUGGAUUUGGUGAGGGAAACUGUUACAGUGGCGGUCCGACAUUCAGUGUGUGGGUUUUAAUAUGGGUAAUUGGAGGUUUUAGUCUUGUGGCAAUUGUCGUUUGCGUGGCACAUGUAUCAAAGAGAAUGUGGUUGAAGUGUAAAGCUAUGCAAGAUGUUGAAGUCAAAUUACCACCCGGGCUUGCACCCAAUAUGAAACUUCUUAGAAAAGUUGGCGACCAACACAUCCGUCAGUCUUCUGCUGAUUCGAGCGGUUGCUCGAGUGGGCAAGAAUCUGUUACGUCUUCGCUCACAUCGGAUUCUCAAGUUUCAAACGAUAGUGGUACAGAGAUAGAUGCUCCCGUACAAGUGUCGCCCAAGAAAUCAUCCGAAAAAUUACCGCCUUGGGAAGCUACCAGUCUCCGUCAGAGAAAUGUUGGAGUGACCAGGCCAGGACUUGCAACGGAAACGGCCUGGGGACCAUACGCAAAUGUUGCAAAGUCUGGAGAGCCUGUUAUCGGGGACACGUUAUCUUUGGCACGAUCUACACCUAAUUUGACAGAUAGCACAGGCUACACAACAUCGCAACACACUUGGUCUUCGACCGGUUAUAUUAGUAUGCCAUCGUCGGAAGAAUUAUCCAGCAAUCCGAGUCCCGUUCCUAAAGAGACCACCAUCGCAGGUGGUUAUAGCAUUAUAGGAUCGAUCGCUAAGCCUAUGAAGUCGAAAUCCGAGGAUGACAGUGAUCUAACGGAAUCUACUGCUGAUACAUUAAUAGCUAUUAAACCGGAAUUCAAACCUACAAACCCGUAUAUAACCCUGGCAUCUUUGGAGCAGAAACAAAAAGAUAAGAAGAAUAUUGAUUCGUUGCGAGAUUUAGACGAAUUAACAUUUACUACUGAAUCGAGCAAAUCAAAAAGUGAAACUUUGACUCCACCCUCGAUUUCAGACAAAACCUCUAAACCGUACGUGCAAACAGGUUUAAUCGAUUCACUGAAAAAGCCGUUCACCCUGAGCAACAUUGAUAGUACGAGAGGUACAACAGUGUCCACCCCAUUCGCUGCUACGACUUUGACCGAUUCGUGCAACAAGCCAUUCGUCUCGUCGUUUGCAUGCCCGACCACUUUGCCGUCUAAUAUAGACUCCUUAUCGAAGCCUUACGUUUCUGUUUCUUCGAUUCCUGAAAUAACAAAAAAAUCGAAUCCACAAGUGGAAACUUUGGAGUCCAUGCAAAAAGCGAGCAUGCCUCAAACAUCUACGACCGAUGGUUCACAACCGUAUGUUCGUGCGAGCUCCGUGUUCCAAAUGCUACAACAGCAGCCAAGAGGAAGAUCAGAAAUGCCUGUUUCAGAAGUGAUCGACGACGAGAUUGAAGAAGAUUCUACGUCUACGUAUCCUGUUUGCUGGCAAAACACUGGGACAAAACCGACCACGAAGAUAGGCGAGGAUAAACAAAUUAUCGCGUCUAAGCAGAAUACUGGAUACGUUACUAUAGCAGAGAACCCAAAGCUAGAUCAACAUAGAACAUCGUCAACACCGUAUGUGCAGCACGACAGGUUUGAGAAACCACUGCCACAAACAACUACCGGACAGUCAGAUGAGCAAUACAGUAAAGUGACUGUUGUGCCAAGUACUAUUCAAUAAGAGGAGUAAAAAUGGUGUGGAAGCAUCGAUUGUGGCAGUGUGGCUUACGUGUUUUUAUCACUUUCUACGAACCUUCUCGGAUGUAGGAAUAUUUUUUUCAGUGAAGUAUGAUGGUGCAAUACGAUUUCACACUUGUAGGUGGUUUCGAAAUACUGUUGACAAUUAUGUUUUACAUCUAUUUUUACAAAUAUGUAUUUAGGUCAGAAGCCUGAAAAAUACUAAAUUGGAUUGGACAGAAUGCGCACGACGAUCUUUCCGUACGGCUCUUAGCUGAUGUAAUUGAAUUUAGUGUUUUUUGGGAUACUAUGUAUCUACAAGACAUCAGUUCGAUCCAAGAUCAAAUGACUGAAAUGAAAGAAAAGAAACGCGAAAAUGAAGAAAAAAGAAGAUUAUUGUAUACAACGAUGGAGUUGGUAUUGGGACACGUCGACCACGAAACGCACUCGCUUGUGAAAGUAUGUACAAUAUUAAUUACUUUUGUAUCAUAUACAUUAUCGUGCAAUGUGAUGUGAAAAUCACUAGCAGCGCCAUAACAUAAGGAUUAUUAGAUUAUAAGUAAAUUAUGUGGCAUAGACCUAUCGCUAAACGGCUUGCUGUUUGAACAAACAAAAUUUAUGGUAUCUAUAUGAUAAUGUAUAAUUCUCGACGUAGAAAAAUCAUUAUUUAAUUAUCGAGCAGCUUUUAAUCGUUUAAUAGUACAUCUAUAUUUCUAAAUUUGUUCAAAAUUUCUCGAACUUCUUUCUUCUUUGAAAAUCAAUCAGUUACAGAGUCUGACAGAACUUUUUGCUCUGAUCUAUAGACGAUGUGAAUGUAUACUGAUCAUUUAAUUUUUUUUAUUAAUCUCGAUCAAAUUAGGAUAAAUAGGAACACGUUAACUUUUAUUUGUUCCUCAAAUUAAAACAAGGAGGUCCAUUGGUUUAUUAAGAAAUGAAUCGUAAUCAUGAACUACUUAUUGUUGGUUUAAAAAGAAGCUAUGCUAAGUUUGCCUCCUUCAAGUAUGAAAGAGGCAAAAACUGUUUGUGCUGAAAUCAUUUGUUUGUAUCAGUACGUAUUAGGAUUAUUAUACAUACUAAUCAAGAUUAUUUUAAUUGCACUUUUACGCGCAAUUUGUUUAUCUGUGUACAUAUAUAAUUUACAAAUUGUUCCUGUAGUACCUUACUAUUACUAGCAUUGAUGGACAGAAAGUACGCAGUAAAAGAGAAACUAUAAUAACAAGUACAGGGUCAAGGAUAAUAACAUAAGGGAAGAAUCAAAGCGCAGUUUUGAAAUCAAUUAGAUUUUUGCACGUUUCAUAUGUAUAUCGUUUCCAAUCGUAUACGGUCUCUAUAUCUUUUUGAUUUUAAACAAUGUCUUUGCUGACUACAUUAAAACUUUUUUAAAUAGCGUUUUAUUAUCUUUUACAUAAACAGAGUUUUUCAGCACAUGAUUUUAGACAAAGUUUCAUUAGAUAAUACAAAUAAUUUGAGAAUUCUGAAUAAACUAAUUUUUCAGUCAGCAAAGUUCGAAUAAAAAUGAAAUACGUUUGUACAAUAAUUAGACAAAUCAUUUCGUAGAAAUUUUAUGAACCAAUGCAACGUCAUUCAAAUAUUUUACGUGCUAAAACAGAAAGAAGCAAGAAUAUAUUAUAUGCAUAAUACCUUAAGCUAGUCAUUGAUGGGGUACAUAAUUGUUUUACAGGCCUUUUUUAUUGCUUAUUGUUUAUACUUUACAAAUGAUCAUUGAAAAAUAUUUGAUUUUUCUUUUAAUACCUCGACCUCGGUUAAUGAAUUUGCUUAAACAUUAUUAAUUAACGAAUAACAUAUCAAUUGACUUCAGUCAUUAUAAAUUGGAAAAGAUAUUAGUGUAUUAAUCCGUGUUCGCAACAAUCGUUAUAGAAGUUUUAUACAAUGAGAACAAUAUACUAGACGAGAAAAAAAUUAUUUUUCUUGAUACAUCAUGAAUAAUCAUCCACUGCGAACGUAUGAAAUCGCUUGUAUUUUACCUCACACUGAACAAUCGAACAAUUGAGCGCUAUACGCAAGUAUAUCAGUACAAACAAA